UGCCAGCUUGUGCAAGCGCGGUCAGACGAAGGUCACGAGGGACAGAUAUUCAUCACUCGAUCUCGCGUUCAGAGCGACUCACAGAUUUGUAUCGCAACGCCCACCAACCCUUUCGAUAGUCAAGAUGGCUACGCGCAAGAAGGUGCUGCUCAAGGUCAUCAUCCUCGGCGAUUCUGGUGUGGGCAAAACGUCGCUGAUGAAUCAAUAUGUCAACAAGCGCUUUUCGAGCUCUUACAAGGCCACCAUUGGAGCCGACUUUCUCACUCGAGAGGUCUUGGUCGAUGAUCGAUUGGUGACGAUGCAGCUGUGGGACACGGCCGGGCAAGAACGUUUCCAAUCCCUCGGAGUGGCAUUCUACAGAGGUGCAGACUGCUGCGUGCUGGUCUACGAUGUCAACUCUGCCAAAUCUUUCGAGACUCUGGAUAGCUGGAGAGACGAAUUCCUGAUUCAGGCUGCUCCUCAUGAUCCUGAAAACUUCCCAUUCGUCGUCCUCGGCAACAAGAUCGAUGUAGAGGAGAGCAAGAGGAUGGUCUCUCAGAAGCGAGCAAUGAACUGGUGCGCUUCCAAAGGAGGUAUCCCAUAUUUCGAGACGAGCUCAAAGGAUGGCAUCAAUGUAGAGAGCGCUUUCCAGACCAUCGCAAAGAAUGCUUUGCAACAAGAGGCGGAAGCUGAGCUCUACUCGGAGUAUCCCGACCCGAUCAGGCUCGAUUCUGAUGCUCCGCAAUCAGGCUGCAACUGCUAGACAGCACACGCAGAGGUACGAGACAGUCGCCCAAUUUGAGCUCAUCUCGCAAUCCUCCCCUCCUUCCACACUUGGUCUGCUUUGUCGUGCCAUCCACCAACCUCCCCGCAAGAGAGCCAGCUCUUCUGCAUUUGGCCUCGUCCACUUUGUCCGUUCGCGCUUCUCUCGAAUGGUCCAGCUAUACAAUUCCAGCCCAGCCCCGCAGUGUUGCAGUUAAGAUAACA